AUGCUCCUCCCACCUCUGAAAUCUUCAGCGGUGUGCGGCGUUGACUCCUCCCACCUCCACCCUACUCCUUUGUCGCCUUACCUGACCCCUAGCCUCCUUCCAACACGAUUUGUAUCAAUGGAUUUGUCAAAGCUCCCUGAUGCACAACGCCAAGAGCUUGAACAGCUACAAAAACAGUUUCAGGAACACCAAGCUCAACAACAGAAACAACAACAAGAAUCUGCCGCUGCUGCUGCCGCCGCUGCCGCGGCCGCCGCAGUGCAACAACAGCCACCGGCCUAUGAUCAAUCGCAGGUUCAACAAUUAUAUGAUCCAUCGCAGGCUUACGAUCAAUCGUAUUAUUAUAAUUAUAAUUACCAAGACCCGUCACAACAACAACAACAACAACAACAACAACAGCAAUACGAUCCUUCUUAUUACCAGAAUUAUUAUCCGAAUGCGUAUCAGCAACAUCAUCCGUAUACGCAUCCGGAGACGUUGGUGGCUACGGCUGUGCCGAGUGAGCAACAACAAAGUUCUGGGUCAGUAUCUGGAUCAUUAGGGACAGGGCAAGUGCAGGAUCCUUAUGUUCAUCCGGGUAAUCAGGUAAAUUUGGUUGGGACGCAAGGCUACCCUGUUCCUCCAGGUCUUAAUGCUGCUGCUGCCGCCGCUGUGGCAGCCUUGUCGCAGCUGACGCAGUUUGCUGGUACUAUGGGUGCUGCUGAGAGAGCAAGUGGAGGAGGGUAUGGUCCUCCUCCCCCAAUGGCCGGUGGGGGACAUUACGGUCAGGGGCAUUUCCGUCCUCCGAGUUAUAUAUGGAUCGGAGAGCAAACUAAGUGCAACAAGAUAGUUACACUGAGGAGGAAAUGGAAUGAAUAUAUUUGUUCAAAGGUUGGUGACCAUCCUCCUCCUCCUCCUUUCCACAGGGGUGGCGGUAGAAGAGGUGGAGGUCCGUUUAGAGGUGGCGGGCGUGGCUUCCGGCCACCAAACAUUAGCGGGUAUGGUCCUCCACCUUUUCAAGGAAGCGGAAGAGGGCGUGGUGGUGGUGGUGGUCGUGGAAGGGGUAGGGGUAGGGGUAGGGGAGGCAUUGGCAGGCAUGACCAGCCAUUCCCACCACCAUCUUCUCACCCUGUGGAGGGUGAAAAGGUGUCAGAAGGCGAAGGAGAAGCUUCGUUGAAGAUUGCAUGGUGUGAAUUGUGUAGGGUUGACUGCACGAGCAAGGAAAUCCUGGAGACACACAAGAGCGGGAAACGCCACCAAAAGAACCUCCAAAUAAAAGGUGCAUACAAACCUGUUGGUGUUGGUGUUGGUGUUGGUGUUGAACAAACAGAAAAAGAGGAAACGAAGGAGAAUGAAGCUGCAACGAAAGCAGAAGAUGAGCGGGAGAAGAAGCCUGUAGGGUUGAAACGGAAGGUGAAAGGUGGCGGUGGUCGCGGUGGUAAGAGGCAGAGGCAGCAGGGGGUAGGAAAGCCGAAAGUGGUGAUACCGUUGAUGUGCGACUUGUGUAAUGUAAAGUGUGAUACACAGGAAGUGUUUGAGCGGCAUGUUGGUGGUAAGAAACACAUUGCAAAGCUGAAAAGGUUCCAAGGACACCAGGCUAUGUAUGGUCCCACUGCGGUUCAGGCUCUUUACCCUCCUAACCCUCUUUCACAGGCACAGGCUCAGGCUCAGGCUCAGCCAGCUUAUGUUGGUGUUGGUGCACCACCUUCUGAUCAGAUCCAGAUGACUUCUUAUGUGCCACCCCAGAACCCUAACCCACAGCUUGCUGAUGCCCCUCUUCAAUUUGCCACCCAAAAUGCUAAUGCUAAUGCUGUAUCGGAAGAACCUCCUCAACCUGCUGGACCUCAGUAGUUAGUUGCUUCUGCUGAUGUUGGUGUCAAGUGUCAAGUAGCAGGUAAAUCUUAGUCUCGAGAUUUUUAGUUCUAAAUCUAGAUACAGAGAGGUAAGACUUUCUUUCUUUUUUUAGUUUGCUACUUGCUAUAUUAUUGUUUACGCUGAGCAAUAAGUAUAAUGAAUGAAUUGUUUGCAGUGAAGGUAUAUUUUUUGGUUCUAAAUCAAAUCCUACUCCGUUUUCUACUCUUUUAGAGAAAUUAAAUAUCCUUCACAUUUUAUUCCUAC